AUGAUGACUGAGGACAUGGACGCUGGCGCUGCGGCGACAAUUAUCGUGUCGCAUAUCAACAGCAAUGGACGCAUGAGCUAUUUCACCUACGGCAAGCACUCGGAUACGAUUAUAGCACAUAUAGCGCUGAUGAUGCUGGGUUGGUGCCUUAUUCUACCUGCAGCGGUCGUUCUGAGCAUUACACGAUCGCGAUUUGCGCUCCUGUCGCAGUUUGUUUUCCUGCUCUUCAAUACACUUGGUCUCCUCCUGGGCAUUGUCUAUAAUAGCCAAACACCGGAUCUAUAUAAGAACAACGUCCACCACAAGAUAGGCUGGAUUGGGACAUGGGUAAUUGGAGCCCAUUUCAUUCUGGCACUGAUUUUCACCUACUCUGGGCGCGGCGAGUCUCAGUCGAUAUACAAGUCGGUAUUAUAUCGUACGACUGGCGCGAUGCACGAUUACUAUUCGUCUAAAGAUAACUGCCAGAGUAAUGAGUCGAAAUCGCCGAGCCAUGGACUUGAGUCGUCAUUCUGCGGGUCCAUCACCGAGUAUGACGGACUCGAGAAGAACAAGGAUGAGCCUCUAGAACAGCUGGCUGCUCCGCGUGUCUGGUUUCGCAACACUCUUGUUGACCACUUUUUCUCCAUCCGCGUCCCGGGCAUGGUCAAUUGCGCCCUCCACAUAUUCAACGUGGUAUAUAAUUUGAUUGACCGCACUAUCCUACCAUUCGGGCUCAUCGCGAUAACAACUGGUGCUGUGACCUAUGGCGGUAUCAUGCGCGACUGUAACGUCUUGGAUAGACUGGUGCAACUCUUAAAAGAUGAGAUUCUAUUUUGGUAUGGUAUACCCAUGCCGGGACGCUUUCUGAUUUCCUGGGCAGACCUGGGUAGGGCAUGA